AUGGCGACCAAGCAGAGCCUCCUCGCCGCCGCAGCCGUCUGUCUCCUCCUCCUCCUCCCCCUCCCGGCAGCCUACGCCGUCACCGAUGUCGAGUACUGCAAUAAGGGCAAAAACUACCCGGUGAAGGUGAGCGGCGUGGAGAUCGUGCCUGAUCCGGUCGAGCGCGGCGUGCCGGCCACCUUCAAGAUCUCCGCUACAACAGAUAAAAACAUCACCGAGGGGAAGCUGGUUAUUGAUGUUAAAUAUUGGAUCUUCAAUGUUUACUCUGAAACGGAUGACAUCUGUACGAAGACCCAAUGCCCGGCAACUUCUGAUUUUGAGCUAUCUCACUCGCAAACCUUACCAUCAAUCACUCCACCGGGUUCUUACACCAUUCAGAUGAAGAUGCUCGGAAAGCACGAUGAGGAAUUGAGCUGCAUCUCCUUCGGGUUCAACAUUGGCUUCCUUGCGCCGGUUGCCUUGAGUUGA